GUAUAAGCCGAGGGCAGCGCUCGCGCCGUCAGUUGACCAAAUCCACGGUGACAGUGCUUCCGACAAUGACGAGCACGCGAUAAUAUCAAACAUUCUAACUUUGAAUUAUUGUUUGGCUUCUAGUGUCUAUGUGUUAGUGCCAUUCUUUUAUAAAUAUUACUGUGAUUUUAUGUAGCAUUUUUUUUCAAAGAUGGCGUCAAUGCACUGGACUCUACUUGCCAUCCUCUUAAACACAACGCUCAUAAUCGCCGCACCUAGUGAUAUUAACAAGCUGGAAGAUAUCGCUACAGUCGAGAAAGCCGAUGCUGAACUACAAACACCUUUAAUUCUAACUGAAGAAUACAAAGACAAUACGGAGACAACUCAGGGACAAAGACAAAAAAGAUUCUUCAACUAUUACGGAUAUGGCUUUCCUCCCAUUAAUCCAGUCAUAUAUCCGAACAGAGAUGAUCAACAUGGACAAUAUGGUUAUGAAGAUCCCAUAGUACAAAUUCAAAGACGAUUGCAAGACAUUGCUGCGAUUGCAAGCACAUCGAACCACAACUACAAUGUGCCACCGCCAUUUCCGCCUGGAGCACAUUUUCCUAUUCUUUUUCCCAUCAUUUUUAUCCCUUACGUUAACUGUGGGUGUACUCUUAAUGAAACUCCUAGCAAUCAAACACCUGGUAAUCAAACACAACUUUCAAAUGUGAACGGCACAUCUGGAUAUGUGCCAGACCUAUCUACCAGAUUUCCGCAAAUGGAAGAUGAAAACCAAAAUUGGGGAUUCUUUAUUAACGAAACAGAAGAAACCGACAAUCUAGAAGAAGACUUCACAAGACCGAUUUCUUUUGACCCAAUUUUACCAAACCGACCUAUGAAUCGUCCGCCACCAGAAGUAGAACACGGAAGCAGUCAGGCUGGAAGCGCUGGAACGAACAAUCAGGCCAGUUCAACGACCACUACAACAACUAUUCGCCCAAUGCCCAAUCCUCCGAGACCAAUGCAGAAUAGACCUCAGUCAGCUUCUCUAGAUCCUCCUUCAGCUUGUGAUGGGGCGAUUCUUAGCUGUUGUCAUCAACCACAAGUGACAUACGAUUGUUUUGCCUUAUCAGGUUGUCCUGACCCAAGUUCUUAUGGGAAUCCCUGUGAAGCCAAUGUUAUUUUGAGAGUAAUUAAUAGAUUCCAAACGUAUUAUAGAAGAAGAGGAUAAAUAGUGCAUCGUCGGAUUAACGUACAUGAAAAGGAAAAUCCUGAAAAAGUCGUCUUGAACACUUUAAAAUUCCAUAAAAAGAUGAGAUGUAAUUUUACAAAGUUUAAUUUGGGUAAUUAUGGCAAAAUAGGUCGUAAGUAGGUCAAUAUAGAUUCUGUGAGAGCAGCUGAAAACUUGUACUUGAAAAUUAGGUAUUACAGCGGUUACACACGGACAAACGUGCGAUAAAAACAGCGAUACAAAAGCGCGUUUGGAAAACGCGCGAUUCGCGCGAUUGCAUCGAUGCAGUCGCUUAUGUUGAAAAAUGUGUAUAUGUUUAUGCACAUUGUUUUGUUAAUUGUAAGUUUAAAAGGGAAAUUAAUUAAUUAAAAACGUAUAUUGUGUUUCCAUCGCGAUUGCAUCGCAACUGCAUCGCUGCAGACGCGCUGUUAAAAAUCGCCGUUUGUAACCGCUCUUAAACGUGAAACACGCAGAGAACAGGGCGCAUGACAGGUCGGGAGCAUGGCGGGUGUAAUUCUGUCUAUUUAUGUAAACAACAACACGUCACGCGCCGGAAUUACACACGACAUUCACUCGGCCCGACCCGCGCCCGUCCCGCACCCGCUGUCCGAGUGUUUCACGCUUUAACGUAACACACAAUUGCUUUGAAAAAUGUUUUUUUACAAUAUCAAAUGAUGGCACGAAUAAGUGCGUCUGGUUGUACGCGACAUACCAGAGUGACUCAGAGCUUCAAAUCGCAAAGAUUUGAGUGGAACUGCCACUGUGCCCGUCACCCUGAGACAUAAAGUUGACAAGUCCAAUGUGCCUGUAGUUAACCCUUCCCCAUCAAAACCGGAACACAGUUGUGCGUUACAUUACUGCUUGACACAAGCUCUACAGCUACUAAAACUAGGACGUAACAUACUUAUGUAUAAUCAGCUAUAUGAAUAAGUUAUUAAAUGCUUUCUUACAGUCGAUCUCUGUUUUAGAAAUUAAAGUCGAUAAAAUUUAAAUAUUCCUUAAUGACUUACUUCCUACUGCUAAUCUUAAAAUGCAAAUUAUGUCGAGGAUUUUCCGAAAUUCCGGAUGAAUAAUUAACAAAAUUUUGUAUUAAUUCUGUGAAUUUGAUCGAGCGUUUGAAACUUUUCCAAGAACUGUAAUAUUUAAGAAAUUUUUCGCCACAUUUUCGUAAGUCAGCUUGAGUUAUUAACACUAUUAAAUAUAAAAAGUUUUUUAAGCAUUUGUUUUUUUAAUAGUGCGAAUUGAAAAUGUAAUUAUAAUGUAACACUAAUUUUGUUCCUAUCGAUUUGUUUAUCGUGUAAAAUAGUCUUUAUGUCGUACUUGCUUCUUAAUAAAAACGUAGUAAAGCCAUUAAGCCAUUUUGUUUUAUAUGUAGACGCGGAAUGUAAAUUGUAAUAUUGCUUUUUAUAAACUGUUUUUAUGAGACUAUUUCCUAUUUUUAACCGACUUCAAUUGGUCUGUAUUUUUUGUGUGUUUGUUACGCGAUGACCCGAUAUCUGUGAACCGAUAUUGAACAUUCUUUUUUUAUUGACAAGCGGACGUAUUAGGCCCAUUAAAAUUUUAAGAAAAUAUUGCAUAUCUCGAUACUUCCAAGGAACAACGCCAAUUUAAUUUUUGGAUCUGUUCUGUUUUUAUUUUCUUAUAUUUUUCACAAAAUUCGUUUUUACGAACUUAGUUUUUUUUCUUUAUUUUAUUUUCACAAAAUUCGGAAA